CUCACCACCAUCAACCCUCGCCAUGCCGCCCAAGUCGGGGUACUCACGGCACCCGAAGCCAGACUGGUCGUGGGCGGGACGCGAGGUAAAGAGAAUAGAGGAGAUAACACCAGAGCACCGGCGGCGAGCUGCAGGUGUAGCACCAGACCAACGCCUGUCAACCUGCCGCUUCGUCGUUGACGCGGCGUCGCGCGAGGCAACGGCUACCGUCAACGAUGGGAACAGCUCCGACUCUUCCCUCGUGUUCCUCAAGGAGGAGACAUGUACGCUCAAGAAGUGCAAGAGUAACCCAUGGUGCUUGAAUCAUCUCGGCGCGAAGGAGUGGGCUUCAGACGGCACCCGGCAGGAGUACAUUGAUGACAAGCUUGGUCCCGAAAUUGUCGUCCGUGAUGGGCCUGCGGGGCUCAAAAACUACGGCGCUACCUGCUAUGCCAACGCCUUCCUCCAGGUGUGGUUCCACAACGUGGCCUUCCGCAACGGCGUGUACGCGGCAGUUGGAACAGCCUCUGCACUGCAAGGUACCCGAAAAUCCAACGGAUCACACAAAGCCAACGGCCCAUCGGGGAGCGCGAGCCCAAGCUCCAGUGCCAGCAGCACCACUAUCGGCGGCGGCUCUGGCUCCGAGGUUGGAAGAAGCAACACGACGCCUCCCGUCCCGCUGUCGCCGCUUCAUCAUCUCGCGAACAUUUUUGCGAUGAUGCACUACUCUAACAAGCCAGUCGUCGACCCGGGAGCGCUUAUCGAGGCGCUGCGCCUCAACAAGGGAGACCAGCAGGAUGCCGCUGAAUUCUCCAAGCUCUUCAUGUCCCUCCUCAGCGACGAGUUCAAGCGCCAUGGAGCGCUCAAGACCUUUGUCAGCGACCAUUUUGAAGGAGUGUACGAGUAUCAGACGCGAUGCCAGACCUGCGGCUACAUGUCAAGGAAUCAAUCCACGUUCUUGGAGCUGGAGAUCAGUCUCCAGGACAAGAAGUCGCUGCAGGACAGGCUGGCACAUCUGCUCACGCCCGAGGUUUUGAGCGGCUCAAACCAGUACCGCUGUCCAGACUGCGAAAGCUUGCAGGACGCGACCCGCUCGACAAUUCUCAGGAAGCUGCCACCAGUUCUCCACUUCAGUCUCCUUCGCUUCGUCUACGACCCCAACUCUGGGACUAGGAAGAAGAGCAAGGCCAGCAUAACUUACCCCCGAGAGCUCAAGCUCGGGGACGACUACUACGAUCUUCGGGGUGUCGUUUCCCACCAGGGUACAAGUGCAUUCCACGGCCACUUCACCUGCGAGGUCUACGACGAGGACCUCAAAGAGUGGUUCUUCACCUCGGAUGAGCAGGUCGAGAAGCUCACCGAACGGCAGAAAGCCAACAACAAGCGGCUGAAACUUGAUCCCGACGUCGUCGAGGAGCAGGUGUCCAAGGACGCCUACAUGUUCGUCUACAAACGGCGCGAGAUGCACCCAACACCACAGGACAAGCCGCCAGCGUCAAUGUUGGAGGCCCUCGACGCCGAGAACGCAGCAAUGCAAGCCGAGAUUCAUGAGCGCGACCCAAGGCGUGCCGCGAUCGCGGAAGAGUUUGACGCGCUGUUUGCUGCCAAGAUCAGCGUCUUGGCCCAGCUCAGAGGCGAGGACAAGCUCGUUCCAAGAGAUUCUCUUCGGAACUGGAUCAAGUCGCGUGACCUCGACUCGCCGUGGGACUACACUGGAGUCACUUGCGAGCAUGGCAAUAUUGACCCAGCGCAGGCUGGCGACCUCCGCCUCAUCUCGCAGGCGGCUUUCGAUCAGCUCAAGGAAUACAGCGCUGAGCUUGCCGAGGACAGGACUCUCCGGGACAUCGACAUUUGCGCCGAAUGUGUUGCGGCGCACUUCAGCGACGAGGUGCAGGAGGCGGACCACAAUGCACAAGUCCGCGAGUUCGACCAGCUCAACAACUCGGACGACGGCGUGCAUCGCUACGCUGUCCCACUGGACUUUGUUAAGGACUGGCGCAAGCGCGAGCUGUCCACACCGAGCCCCAUGCCUAGCGAUGUCGAGUACUCGCUCUUCUGCGAGCACGGGCGGCCGUGGGGCAAGAAGAAGGUCAUCUGGGCUUCUGGUGCUGCCCUCAUGUUCCUGCGGUCCAUCUUUGGCGAGUUUGACGCCUACGCUGAAGGCUCAGACUUCUGCGACACCUGCGAAGCCAAGACGCAAGCCAACGUUGAAGCUCGGAAGGUAUGGAAACUGCAAGUCAAGGAGGAAAAGUCGCUCCAGAGUCAACUGAACAUGCGGCGCAUUCUCGACGUCCCCAACUACAUGAUGCCCAAGAACUUUGCCAACGUCUGGCGAAGCUACCUCGAAAACACCGGACCACGGGCCAAGCUGGAACCUGAACUCUGUCGUCACAACCUCCUGGACUUUGACCCCCAGGUCGAACCACGCGACUAUAUGACUGAGGACGGGUGGAUUAAACUGUGCCAGCUGUAUGGCCAUGACCCGCAGGAUGCGAUCACAGCGGUCUUUACUUCGGCGCCGCCGGAGGGCAAGACAUGCAGCAUCGACAAGGUCAGCGUGGCGACCUGCGAGGAGUGUCGCAAAGAGAGGCUGUCCAACUUUGAGGAGAUGCAGCUUACUAUCGUCAUGGGAUUGGACACCGUGCCGACGGCAACGAAGUCAGCGUCCUCGACCCGCAGCCGCCGCAUCGGCACGACGCGUAACAAGCAGACGCAGUUGGAUGUCAAGAAGAACACGAGUGUCAAGGACAUCAAGGUCGAGCUGUAUCCGAUUCUCGGAGUUGGUCCGCUCCACCAACAGCUGUACUACCGGGGGCGUGAGCUUGCGUCUGACGAGACGGUCGAAUCGAUUGGUCUUCUGGCGGGCGACCACCUGAACGUUGUCGAGAUUGUCGAGGUUGAGGACUUUGAAGCGGCCGGGGAAGAGGGCUUUGGAGGAACGGCCCUCGUCGGCCGCCUGGCGUGCCCCGCCUGCACAUACUCAAACGAACCCGACGCCGAGAUGUGUAUCGUGUGCGAAACGGCCUUCUUAUCAUGAGCCGUCGCAACACUGUGUAACAUACCAUCAUCAUCACUAGUACCAUGAACAAACAAUCCCCAGCAUCGCCAUACCAAGCUGUAUGUAGGCCAUAGCCAGAUCCCAGAUGAUCAACUGUAACAUGCAUUCAUGUGCC